UUAUAUAUAUAUAAAAGAGAACAGAGAGGGCAAAAAGUAAAGGGGGAAGACAAAGGAAUCAAUAGUCGGCGCCAUUGUCCUCGCCGACCAAUAAUAACGUCCCUUUCACUCCCACCAUUACCCCCAACCACACCCCCUCUCUCUCUCUCUAAAACUUUCUCUCUCUAAAAUUUUAUAUACAUAAAACCCUAUCUACAUCCGCCCCUGUUCCAUCCGAUUCUUUUCUUCUCCCUCCCUUCAUCGGUUUCUUCCGUGAAUAUUUUUUUAACUGAUCGGAAGAUGUCCGACUCUUAAAUAUUAGCUUAGCUUAGCAUUAGGGUUUCUUUUUUUUUUUUUCUUUUUUUUCCCCCUAGGGUUUUCGUAUUUUAAUUUUCUCUAUCUUGUUUAAUUAAUUUGUUGCUUUUGUUUGAUUUUGAGUUCAUCGUUUUGAUAAUUUUGGUGAAUUAUGAGAGGGGGUGUUGUUGAUCAGUCUCCUAAUGGUAAGAUCGAUGAUGUUGAAAAGGAUAAGAAAAAGAAGCGUCGACCAAAUCGACGACCCAAGCAGAAUUCCUCUGUUCCAGCUUGUAGUUCGGUGAAUGAAAUACGAGGGAAAGGAUCAGAAUUCUUGGGAAGUGGUAGCCCAUCAAAUCAUGUCUUGGGAAAUGGUAACCCAUCAAAUCAUGUAAUCUUGAGUGAGCGUCAACCUCCAGAAGUAUCUAAUGUUGCUUUCCAUUCUUUGCCAACGAUGCAUAUAAAUGAGCAAGCAACUUCACAGGAGGGAGGAAAUAUGCAAAAUCAGCAAAUGUUUCCAUCUGAUGUUGGUGAAAGGACGUUUUCAAAAUCAUGUCCUGUGCCCAUCAAUUGUGGAGAGUCAAUGGUGUCAUAUGUAAACAAGGAUUUUCUUUUGUCUCAGCAGAUCUGUCAUGUUCAGAGAAAAUGUUUUGAUUCCCACUGGUCAGUGGAAGCUGUUAAUGAAGCAUUAGAGAAAGGCGAUGUUUUUAAAGCGUUGUUUCAUGUGAAUGCACACAACAGACUUGAGGCCUACUGCAAAAUUGAUGGAGUGCCUGUUGAUGUUCUCAUUAGUGGGAUUGCUGCUCAAAAUAGAGCUGUGGAUGGAGAUAUUGUUGCGAUUAAAGUUGAUCCUUUGUCGUCCUGGACAAAGAUGAAAGGAUCAAAUGGGCCUUCUAACAAUUCUGCCUUGAUGGAUGAUAAUAAUUUGGUCCCUGAAGUCACUGAAUCAGUUGGUAAUGGCGACAAAGGGAAAGGUGUAUUACAUGUAGAUAUUAAGAGUAAUACUUGCUUGCUUCCAGAGAAGGGAUUUUAUUUUGAGAAUGGUAGUUUUUCUGGUGAGAGUGUUAAUCCAGAACUAAUAGGACCAGUAGGUUGUAAUUAUGUUAAUGGACAUUACCCUUCUGCACCAGAUAUGUCACGGACAGGUGGUUCCAGUGAACGGAAUGAAAUUGCAAGUCUAGUGGGAAAGUUUUGUGCAUUGGUAAGUUCUUUCCCGUCAAAGAGACCAACAGGCAGAGUUGUGGCCAUUGUCGAAAGGUCCACUCGUCGGGAUGCUGUUGUUGGUUUUCUUAAUGCUAAGCAGUGUGUUUCUAGUAGGGAAGGUUACAGAAAAGAUGGUAAGAAGAAGAAGAAUUCAUUGGUUUCUCCCAACCAUGACUACAUCAUGUUGACACCAACUAACCCAAAGUUCCCCAAAAUGAUGGUCUUUGUGAGAGACCUGCCUGACAGCAUCAAGAAAAAAUUGGAUGAUUGUGAUGCAACUGUUGAAAUGGAACUCGUAGCUGCACAAAUUGAUGAUUGGGGGGAAGAUAACUGUUUCCCGCAAGCUCACAUUUUGCAUAUUUUUGGAAGAGGUGGAGAAAUAGGACCACAGAUUGCUGCAAUUUUAUUUGAAAAUGCAAUCAUUUCUUCUGAAUUUUCUUCCAAAUCACUUUCAUGCCUUCCACAUCUUCCCUGGGAGGUACCACAGGGGGAAUUUCAGAGUAGAAGAGAUCUUAGGAAUUUGUGCAUAUUUACUAUUGACCCCCCUUCUGCCAGGGAUCUUGAUGAUGCAUUAUCAGUUGAAAGGUUGUCCAAUGGAAUUUUCAGAGUUGGUGUCCACAUUGCUGAUGCAUCAUAUUUUGUUCUACCAGACACUGCUUUAGACAUAGAAGCUCAAGUUCGAUCUACGAGUAUCUACAUGCUGCAGCGUAAAUUGCCUAUGUUGCCGUCACUGCUUUCGGAGAAUAUAGCUUCACUUAAUCCUGGAGUAGACAGGCUUGCGUUUUCAAUAUUUUGGGAUAUCAAUAGUUCUGGGGAGAUUCUAGAUCGUUGGAUUGGCCGUACUGUUAUACGAUCAUGUUGCAAGUUCUCAUAUGAUAAUGCUCAGGACAUUAUCGAUGGGUUAGUUGAUGUGGGGAGCUUUAAUAGCUUAGGAAAUACAUGCCCCCAAUUGUAUGGCAAUUUUGAAUGGUCUGAUUUAUUUAGAUCUGUUAAGAGCCUUCAAGAAAUUUCCCAAAAAUUGAAAGAGAACAGGUUUAAGGAUGGCGCCCUGUCACUGGAAAGCUCUAAAGUGUUUUUCUUAUUUGAUGAAGAAGGAAUUCCGUAUGAUAGUAUGCUUUCUGGACGCAAGGACUCGGAAUAUAUGGUUGAGGAGUUUAUGCUUUUGGCUAAUAGGACCGCUGCGGAAGUAAUAUAUAGAGCUUAUCCUGAUAGUGCAUUAUUGAGGAGACAUCCCGAGCCUAACUUGCGGAAGCUUAGAGAGUUGGAAACUUUUUGUGGCAAACAUGGUUUAGAAUUGGACACUUCUUCUUCUGGACAGCUUCAUCAUUCAAUAGAGCGGAUUAGGGAAAAGCUCAAGAAUGACUCAGUGUUAUUUAACAUUCUUCUGUCAUAUGCCACAAAACCAAUGCAAUUGGCAACAUACUUCUGUAGUGGAGAGCUAAAAGACAGUGAAAACAAUUGUGGUCAUUAUGCUCUUGCUGUUCCUUUCUAUACUCAUUUUACUUCAACACUUCGUAGGUAUCCUGAUAUCUUAGUACAUCGGACACUGGUUGCGGCAAUAGAAGCUGAAGAGCUGUAUCUGAAGCACAAAAGAACCUUUCUAAAAUUGAACAAAGGAGAGGAAAACACAAGAAGAUGCUUCACUGGCAUUUGUUUCGAUAAAGAUGCUGCAGAGUCGGAUGAAGGCCAGGAAGCAUUGUCUGCUGCAGCAUCAAAAUACAGAGUUCCAUGCACAGAAAUACUUGCAGAUGUUGCUGCUUAUUGCAAUGAGAGGAAGCUGGCUGGUAGGCAUGCCAAGGAUGCUAGUGAUAAGCUAUACAUGUGGGCUUUGCUGAAGAAAAAAAAGAAUUUUUUAUCGGAAGCUAGAGUAUUGGGCUUAGGCCCAAGAUUCAUGACCAUAUAUAUUCACAAGCUAGCUAUUGAGCGGCGCAUCUAUUAUGAUGAAGUUGAAGACCUGAGGGUUGAAUGGCUUGAUGCUACAUCCACAUUGGUGCUCAGUUUAUCUACAAAUAAACGCAUUCAUUGGAGAAGUAGCCCAGGCAAAUGGAGGACAGUUGAAGAGGUUGCAUUGGUUACAAAUCCUUUGGAGUUGAAGCUGGCAUUGGAUUUGUCUGGAGACAGUAGGGAGGGUGGUGCAUCAGAAGUGGAAGUGGAUACUGGUGCAUCAUAUGGGAAUCCAGCACGAAGCUUAGAUGUUAUUGAAAUUGAACCUGCUGUUUUCCCCCUUACUGUGCAUCUACUUUCAACAAUCCCCGUCGUGCUUUUUGCAGUUGGUGGGGAUGAUGGGCCCCUUGAUAUAGGGGCAAGGCUGUUCAUGAGCUCAUACCUCUGUACUUGAACUCAUAUUCAGGUAUUUGGAGUUAUGAAGGCAUGUUAAUAGCUAGUGACAGAUUUGUGAAGAUGAUGGAACAGGGUUCUAUUUGGGAGGACAAGCCCAGUUGUAGAUAGGAGGGUAUUGUAUAGCUAAAAAUAGUUGGGACAAGGAAAAGCCUAUGGUUAAGAUUUGUGAUACUUUUACAAAGUAUGUUUGAUACUGGAUUUACGUUUUGUUGGAGUUGUAGAUAAGGAAGGGGAUUUGCCGUGGCCGACACUUAGUGGCUGUUUUUAUCAAAAGCUGCUUGUUGGAAAAUCGGCUCUUGUUUUUGUUUUCGGCCAUCCCCAUCCAGUAUAACUCAGUUGACCGUGCCUGUACCUGUAUCUGGUUCUUCAAUGUUGAUGACAUCGGAAGCUAAUUCGUGUUAUGUUUCAAGUUAUUAGCUUUGUUGGACUGCAACCCAAAUAUUUUUUGAUUUUGGGUUUACUGGUCUAGUUAUAAUUUUGUAACUCGACUCAACAAAGCCUAUUUUUUUUUUUGUUUUCUUUCUUUCUUCUUUUCACUAUAUAGUCGACUUUAAUUCUGUAUGCUUCUAAAAGCAGUACUUGUGGCUGACAGAAGUGGGCGACCUUUGGCAGUCAUUUUUUUAGUUGAAUAAAAUGAUAUCAUCUGUUCUUGA